AUGACCAGAGAGAUGAACAUCACAAAGUCCUAUCUAUCCAUAUCAUCGCCAGGAGUUCAUCUCGUGCCAGGAAACGACGAGCUAGCCCGAAAAGUAUGUCGCGAGUGCAACCUUGCGGGUGCCGACGCGAAGACACGCUUCCCCGAUCGUUUUGGGUUCUGGGCAUCGCUUCCACUGCCUGAUGUGCAAGGCAGUCUGGAGGAACUUGCAUAUGCUUUUGAUGAGCUGAAGGCAGACUGA